GAAGAUGGAUGGAUGGUGGGACCCAGCCGUUGGCUCUUAUUCUGGGUACCACCCGCUUCUCGAAAAACAUUUAGAUAUAAUCCUCAGACUGCAUCAGUGAUACCCAGAGGUGAUGUUGAGCUUGACUUGAGCUGCAUGUCACAUGGCACACGCUGGCAGGACUGCUACAAGGAGUGA